GGAGCAAGAGGGUCGGAGGGAGGAACCGGCUUUGGAAUCUCAGCUGCUGUCUGAAGUAGGGAGGCGAAGAAGAAAGCCGGCGCGCCUGCGCGGCUUCCUGGGUUCGGUCCGCCGCCGCCUCUCCUGCUCCUGUUCCGUGCCUGUUGGACUCUGGCGGGGAGGGGAGGGAGGGGGGACUCGGGGCGGAACGGAUGCUCCCUUGCGUGCGGAGGGAGCUAAUAAAGUUUUUGAAGGAGGGGAUAGCGUGGGGGAAUCCAUACGGAGGGGCGGGGCUGGGGUGAGAGGAGCCGGAGGCUAAAAGAAGAGAGCCCACGGGACGCCGGCGGGAGCAGCGCCGCCGAGCCCAGCCGAGGCGCCGGCGAUCUUCCUUCUCUUCCCCCUCUAGGAGAACCGGCCCGGGACCCCUGAGACUAGUUCCUUGGAGGAGAGACUCUUCCCUUGGAUUCCACAUCAGUGAGUAGAGCUGAAGAGACAUUUUUCCUUGGAGUCAUUCUGCAUUGGUGGAACUCUUGCUGAAGACACCACUGGGAAUUAUAACUGAGGAAUACCAGGAAAUCCACGUGGAGAUCGGGACUUGGGGAAGCCCUAUCCUGAUGCUGAGCUGGAAUUCACCAUAGCAGCACUUGGGGCUGUGUAAUGUUCAAGCUCAGAAAUGCCUUAUGUGGAUCGUCAGAAUCGAAUUUGUGGUUUUCUAGACAUUGAAGAAAAUGAGAAUAGUGGGAAAUUUCUGCGCAGAUACUUCAUCCUGGAUACCAGGGAAGAUAGUCUGGUCUGGUAUAUGGAUAAUCCACAGAAUCUUCCUUCUGGAUCCCCACCUGUUGGAGCUAUUAAACUCACCUACAUUUCAAAGGUUAGCGAUGCAACUAAGCUAAGGCCAAAGGCAGAAUUCUGUUUUGUUAUGAAUGCAGGAAUGAGGAAAUACUUCCUACAAGCCAAUGAUCAGCAGGACCUAGUAGAAUGGGUAAAUGUUUUGAACAAAGCUAUAAAAAUAACAGUACCAAAGCAAUCAGAUCCACAGUCUCAUUCUGAUAGCUUAAGUCGCCAAGUUGACACUCCAGGUGGAAAAAAGCAAGUGUCUUACAGGACAGAAAUUGUGGGUGGUGUACCUAUUAUAACACCAACUCAGAAAGAAGAAGUAAAUGAAUCUGGUGAAGGUAUUGACAGGAAUAAUCUGAAACGGUCACAAAGCCAUCUUCCUUACUUUACUCCUAAACCACCUCCAGAUAAUGCAGUUAUUAAAGCUGGUUAUUGUGUUAAACAGGGGGCAGUGAUGAAGAAUUGGAAGCGAAGAUAUUUUCAAUUGGAUGAAAAUACAAUAGGCUACUUCAAAUCAGAACUGGAAAAGGAACCUCUCAGGGUAAUACCACUUAAGGAGGUUCAUAAAGUUCAAGAAUGCAAACAGAGUGACAUAAUGAUGAGGGAUAAUCUCUUUGAAAUUGUAACAACAUCUAGAACCUUUUAUGUGCAGGCUGACAGUCCAGAGGAGAUGCAUAAUUGGAUUAAAGCUAUUUCUGGUGCCAUAGUAGCACAACGGGGACCUGGAAGAUCAGCAACUUCUGAGCAUUCCAACUGUUCUUCAGAAUCCAACUAUGCUUUCCGUUCUGCCAGUGCAACAGCAGCCACCUCACAUUCCACAGCCCCUCGCCACAACUCUCUGGGCUCAAGCUUUACCAUGGAGAAGCGAGGAUUUUACGAAUCUCUUGCCAAGGCCAAACCAGGGAACUUCAAGGUCCAGACUCUCACUCCAAGAGAACCAGCUUCCAAAAUGACUGUACAAGCUGUGCCGAAACCUCAAAAUCACAAUGGCCCUCAGGAAAGGGAUAAUGACCUAGUGGAUCUGGAUGAUGCAAGCCUUCCAGUUAGUGAUGUAUAGAAUGGAAGCUUUGGGAGAUAAUGAUCCACCCCUUAAAUGCUUGAUUUCCUUUUAUAGGGGCUUGUAGCCAAAGAUGAGAAGAAAAGAAAUGGAGAGGGUAAAAUAGAUUUGGGGAAGAUUUACAUGAAAUGUACUGCCUCUAACCUGUUUUUCUUACUACCUGGUAUUCCUGGGUAAUAUAGAGAAUGGCCAAAUAUUAGAACCAAUCUCUUAAAAUACUAAGAAUGUGUUUCAGUACUAAUGAUCUAAAUUUGGUUCAGUAAAUACUGAUUAAGCACCUAUUAAGAAAUAAAAUGUUUUCUUCUGAGUGAUUGCACAUUUGUGUAAACCAGUCUUAGAAAAUUUGACAAUUUCAUACAUAUGAAAUUAAAAACAUUCACUGGGGGGGGGGUUAUAUUUGUCUUUUUUUUUUAAAGGUUGAUAUGAAAAUUCAUUUUAAGUAUUUCAAUAUCCAUACCUUUUAAUUGAUCAGCAUUCUCUUUUGAAAAGUUACCAUGCUAAGAUACUAUUUGCAUCUUAAGUCUGUGGUGCUGCAAAAUUUUCUUUAGAAUGUUGGUGAUUUUGGAAAUUAGAUCUUUUUUUUUCUUCUUUUUUUAAAUGCACUGGUUCUUAAGGUGAGUGGGAGCUUUUGCACAUCAGGUAUUAUUAUUGGACCAUCUUUAUAAGGAUUUGGUUGGAUUACACUAAGGGAAAAAUGGGAACUCAAAACUACUACAUCCUAGACAUUUGAAUUAAAUACAUUUUAUAUUACAUCAGGCCUUGCUUUGUUCAAUGAUGAAAAUUGUAUUAUUUGGUAUGAGUUUUUUGAGAGAUUUGAUUUUUCUUAUCAAUGUUUUGUGAAUAAUUCUUGUUUCUAUAUUUGGAUCAGUGGAAGACCUCAAGUUUAUUUUAUAUGUAAAGACAUAAUUGAUGAACCUCUCUUAGUCAUUCAAUUGUGGCCUGUAACUUUUGUCACUGAUAAUCUAUAUCAAGUGCCUGUGUUUUCUCAUUUUGUUUCUAAACAUUUUGAGAUCAAUGUGUUCAUGACCCUACCUUACUGGUUUAAAACCUUAGGAUGAGAUUGUUUUUGAGUAGUAUAAUUUGUAUUAAACUAUUUAAGAUAACGUCUUAUGCUAGGGAUAUCAGAAUACUGAUAUUACAUCUCCUAGCUGUGCAAUAUGUACAUUUCUAAAACUGAAUUCUGGAUAUACAUUAUAUUAUAUGUCAUAAAUAUGAACAAUACUUCUUAAGGAAUCUUUAAAUUUCAGAUAUUUAAUAGUAAAUCUAAAUUGAGCAUGUACCAUUUUGUGAUCAGUUUUGAAAACAUUUGCUUUAACCAAACAAUCUUGAAUUUUAUGUGCUGCUAUUUUUGUGAUUAAAAUUUGCCAUUUUACGGUAGCUUGUUUUCUGAAAAUUAAUAGAUAACAUGUCACGUUGGUCUCUUUAUUUUCCAAAUUGAUUUCUUGUCUAUGAAAUACUGAAGUUUUCUACUAAAAUAGUGGGACCUAAGGGUCAAGGAAUCUGCAUAAUGCCAGAAUUAAGUAAAACAAUUUAAAAAAUCAGAAUGGAUAAAGGACGCCAUUGUUGAGGGUUUUUUUUAAAUUCAUAAGCUAACUUUUAAAAAGUUGUACUUGUAAACUAUUUUCAUUUUCUUUAUCAGAUUGUUUUAAAUUUUGUUUUUUGGUCUAGAUCUGUGAUUUCAUUGGUGUAGAGGAUUCCUGGUCCCUCUAACCAAUGCAGAUCGGCAACUGUUCUCCAAUUUGUAGCCUCAGAGUUAACUUGUUGGGAUGUAAGUGACUGCUUAUGGUCACUAGUCAAUAGGUGUGAGAGGUGAGAUUUGAACCCACUCCUGCCUAUCUCUGAGACCAGCUAUCUAUGCCAUGUAUUUUGUGUCUCUUGUCAAAUGCCUAUGAAAACUAAUUUCAUAAUUGAACUCUCCUAAAGCAAUUUAAAAUUGCUGAACUGAUGUAUCAAAAAUAGUAGUUAUUUUGAACAUUUCUGAAAGCAUACCUGUGAAGAACACUUCAUUCUAGACCUGAACUUAACUUUCUUUGGUACAACUUUUACCUUGCAUGAUCAUUUUAGUAUAUUUUGGUAUUGACAAUUUGACAUAUUUGGUGGAGGCAAAAGUUUAGCUCCAUUUUAGAACUUUUUAUAGAACUACUAUGGUAGUUCAUUAGCAUAGGAAAAUGUUCUUGUGGUUGAUAAUUGUCAGGGUCUCCUAAUAUUUAUCAAUACUUUUAUAAAUCUAUGAAAAUUAAAUUAUUUUAGAACUUGUGCUGUUUCUUGUAAAUAUGUCACAUUUUGAAUUGUCAAUAAAUUAGUUUGGAUAAUUUAA